AUGAGACGAAGCUCACGGAAAGGAGGAAAUAAGCAACUAUCUCAGACGCAAAAGUCCAUAGCAUCCUACACCGUGGGCAAGGAUAAAAUGGCGGACGUGGAUUCCCCACAAAGUCUUGAAACCGCUGCUGUUUCUACACUUGAUUUGGCAAUUCUCCGCCAUGAACUCCAGUCACACCGGGACGACAUAAAGAUGGAUAUUGGAACGCAGAUUUUGGAUCUCAAAGAGGACAUUUCGUCCCUGCGCAAUGAUACCAGAGCAGAUAUUAAAACCCUUCGUGAGGAGCUAACUGGGGAGCUAGCUAAACUUAGCAACAAACAAGCAGAGGCUACGCGGCAGAUGGAAGACAUGGGGAAUACGCUAAGCGACACGAUCGAUAGAGUCGCCGCAUUGGAGCACAACCAGCAGCUUAUGACCAAGAAAUGUAAGACUCUCCAAGAAAAAUGCGCGGACUUCGAAAACAGGAGCCGGAGAUGUAAUCUGAGGGUCGUUGGGGUUGUGGAGGACUCGGAGAAGGGGAAUAUGCUUACGUUUCUGCCGGUGUUUAUUCGUGAGAUACUGGGACGCGAAAACUUUGAUUCUCCCCUGGUAAUUGACAGAGCCCAUAGAAGUCUCGGUCCGAAGCCCGCUUCUACAGACAGACCACGCUCGAUAGUGGCUUGUUUCCACUACUUUUCGGAUAGACAGAAAAUACUAGAUCUAGCCAAAGCCAAGGGAAAACUUGUGUAUGACGGGCGACAGGUGCACAUCUUCCCUGACAUGACUCCUGAGGUGGGAAAGAUGCGCGCAGCCUUCAACGACAUAAAGAGAAAGCUCCGCGAUGCUGGAGUGUCAUACAGCCUCUUUUUCCCUGCGAAGCUGGUUGUCACAGUGAAAGGAGAAAGACAUUCAUUUGACUCACCUCAGGCAGCCGAGUCCUUCUACCAACAACAUGUGAAGUAA